AUGGUAACUUAUUUUAAACUAAAUUGGUAUGCAAGCUUUCUGCUGCUGUUUGCUAAGGCUUUUCACCAAGGUUUACUGCCAGUGUGUGAUUUGAAGAGGCAAAAUGAACUUCCUUUCUCUAGAGAUGGUGAUAUCACUAUUGGUACAAUCUUUUCUCUUCAUUUAAAUUUUGUACCUACCGAAGAAAAAUUUACAGAACUGCCAGAUGAAACACAAUGCAAAAUAUUUCGUGUUAGAGCCUAUCGCUUUGUGAGAGUUAUCAUUUUUGCCCUGGAUGAAAUUAGCAAGAAUUUUAAGUGGUUUCCUAAUACCACUCUGGGAUUUAGAAUUUAUGAUGGCUGUUUUUCAACAAGAAGAGCAUUAGGAAGCACCAUCCAGCUACUGUCACAAAAACAGCAUCCUGUUCCUAAUUUCAAUUGUCACUCGAAUAUUAUCUUACCUGUUAUAAUUGGAGAUGAAGCAACGAUAUCUGUUGAACCAAUGGCUCUAAUGCUAGGACUUUACAGGUUUCCUCAGCUCCUUCAUUAUCUGAAAAAUGUCCAUUUUAAAAACACUGGGGAUGAAGACAUUUAUUUUGAUCAAAAUGGUGACCCUCCAGCAAGGUACGACAUCCUAAAUUGGCAGAUUUCUUCAGAUGGUACCUAUAAUUAUGUAGAUAUUGGGCAUUUUGAUAACACUGCUUCACAAGAUAAGAAAAUUGUUGUCAAUGACAUUGCCAUUCAAUGGAAUCAAGCCUUUUCUCAGACUCCUACCUCUGUAUGCAGUGAAAGUUGCCCACCAGGUUUCUGGAAAGCAGUUCGGCGAGGGGAGCCGAUCUGUUGCUUUGACUGCUUACCAUGCCCAAAAGGCGAGAUCAGUAAUCAGACUGAUGUUAUUGAUUGCACAAAAUGUGCAGACGACCGAUGGCCUGAUGACAGAAGAGAAAGGUGCAUCCCGAAAGUAACAGAGUUCUUAUCCUAUGAAGACCCACUUGGGAUUACAUUAACAAUAAUUCCUAUUGUUUUCUCCAUAACAACUGUAUUCAUACUGACUGUCUUUGUUAAAAAACGAGACACUCCAAUAGUGAAGGCAAACAAUCGUGAACUGAGUUACCUUCUCUUGCUAGCACUUACAUUGUGCUUUCUAUGUUCUUUGGUGUUUAUUGGUAAACCUAUGAAAAUCACCUGUAUGGCUCGACAGCCAGCAUUUGGAAUAAUAUUUUCAGUUUGUGUGUCUUCCAUACUUGCCAAAACAAUCACAGUUGUAAUUGCAUUCAGUGCAACAAAUCCAAACAGCAAGCUACGGAAAUGGGUAGGAUCCCAGACUCCAAUGCUCAUUGUAUUUAUAUGCUCACUAUUUCAGACACUCCUCUGUUUUUCCUGGCUCCUUGUUCAUCCUUCUUUUCCACAAAACAACAUCAUCUCUCAAGAGGGAAAAGUAAUCAUUGAAUGCAAUGAAGGAUCAGUCGUUAUGUUUUAUUGUAUGUUAGCAUUCCUGGGCUUUCUUGCAUGUGUGAGUUUUAAUGUAGCUUUUCUUGCAAGAAAGCUACCAGACAGUUUUAAUGAAGCAAGGUACAUCACAUUCAGCAUGAUUGUCUUUAUCAGUGUUUGGUUGUCCUUCAUACCGGCCCACCUAAGUACUCAGGGGAAAUAUGUGGCUGCUGUAGAGAUCUUUGCUAUAUUAGCAUCUAGUGCUGGACUGCUUGGCUGUAUAUUUAUCCCUAAAUGUUACAUUAUUUUAUUUAGGUCUGAGAAAAAUACAAGGGAACAUAUGACAGGGAAAGCAGCACUCAGACAGUAA